GAACACAAAUAAGCAAGCCUUCUUUCUUCCGCCCAAAACUUCACGGAAAAAAGAAAAGAAAAAGAAAGGGUUCUAGCUUACAUAUCUUGAUAUGCGUUGCACAAUGGCGGGCAAGUGGGUUCCAAGCUCAGAACAAGAAACAGUCAAGGAUGAGCUGAGCGUGUUAACCAUGUCCGACCACGACAUCAUGAACCAUAUUCAUGCAACCCAUAUUCCGGGGGAUGAAAAAUUUGAUGUCGACUCUCUUUUCCUUUUCGCUGAGAACAUCCUUAAGCGUGCCUCCCUGAUUAUUGACAAUGUUGCCCUGGACUUGCUGCACGGUACAGAAGCACACCGGGAGAGCCUGGACGACAUGAUGAGCCCCAAAGCGAGCUUUAAUCCGCCGUUGUGUACACUGAAGCGAAUUUCCGGCGAGGUGACUAUAAAAGGACAGUGAUUUUUUGUUUCCUAGCUCCUAGCAUUUCCAUUAUAUACUAGCUAAUAUAGUCAUCUGAGAUUCUGAACGCACCUACUUAAACAUAUUUAGUAUUAUUUUAUACUUUUUUGAGUGUUUUUUUUUUCCCUUUAUUUUACAUAUUUUAUCGCCUGGACAUCUAGGACUGGUAGAUGGAAAUCUUUCAGAAUUAAGCAUAAGUGUAGUUAACAUGAUCAAUCCUAAAGUUUGACCUCGAAUUCACAGUGAGACUCGUUAAAAAUUCUUCUAUAUAUGUGAGUUGUAGAAGGUCUAUAAUUUUGACAUCCAAAACUCUAAAGAAACGGCUUUU